AUGUCGGGCUUACCGACCACGCCCAGUAACACUCACCUCCGAUCCGGUCUGCCUACACCGUCGGCAGGAUUGAGACGUAUCUCGCCCGUGGCUACCUCGAGUGUCAGCCCUGGUGUGGACAGCCCCGACACACGAUUUAAAAAGCAGACGCUGGCAGAAGCCAUCUCAAAGAACGAUCCAGCAAAGUAUCGAAUCUCGUCUUCGAUUUCCUCUCCAACCGCCAGGGAGAACAGCGAUGCAGACGACAACUCUCCGCUGCUGACAGCAGGUCGUCUGCCUCGCUCCUCUCUACUCUCACGCAGAUCGCAUUCUUCGCUUCGAUUCGACACGCCACCCAACAGAGCCGCUCCUCUUCCGUCUCACGCCUCACCAUCGGCUUCCGAUGUUUCUCCUAGCUCGGCGAGCGCAUUGGUUCGUACCCGAAGCCCACUACCAGCUAGCAACGCCAGCACAUCCAAAACAGUGGCAACACCCAAAAGAUACUCGGAACUAAAUGGACGUACCAGCUUUACUCCAUCUACAAUCAGCAGGACCCCCUCGCACACCUCUUCCACCACCGCUUCUCGCGCGAGAGAACAUGUUCGACGUGGACGCGAGCUUGAGAUUGGCGACCUCGUUCGCAUGGAAGGCUCUGACCUCGUCGGCGUGCUUCGACAUCUCGGCCCCGUCGAAUUCAAGCCUGGCUUCUACGCCGGCCUCGAGCUUACAGGCGAUAGUGUAGGCAAAGGAAAAAACGAUGGCAGCGUCCAAGGGACCCAGUACUUUGCAUGUGCCCCGGCAAAUGGCGUCUUCUGUCCAGCCUCCAAAGUGGUGGCAAUCAACCAUGCUCCUCCUACCGAUGCCGUGGCUCGGCCGGCUUCAUCCAUGUCCAACAGGCCAUCGUCGCGUGCCUCGGAUGCACCAGACCGCUCGGGCGCCAUAACACCUUCACGCAGACGAGCUAGCAUCAUCUCGCGCCCGCCUUCAGCUACGCCUUCACGCGCCUCUUCACGCCUCAGCGUACGUCCCCCCUCGGUCGCAUCUGUCAAUAGACCCACCUCGGCAAUGAGCACAUCCCGUCCUGUCAGCCGUCUCACCGCUCGCAAAAGUAUUGCGCAUACAUCUAGCGCACGCGCCGAUGACGCACCGAAUGUGCACCAGCAAACCCAACUGAGCCCGGUGCGCAACGCUGUGUCCACCACAUGCUCACUGGCGGCAAGAACUCCUCGCACUUCGAUCGCUGGCGUGCGCGCCGCGUCCAGCGUGGUUCCGAGCACGCCUUCUCUCGCAAAGAAGCGGCAGAGUCUGGGUGGUAUUCCAACGCCUCGAGCUACCAAGGGGCGUGCAUCCAUGUUUGCUCGACCCGGCGGUCUACCCGUAAGCUCUGAUGCAAGCAUGCCGCCGCCUCCAAGCCCGAGCAAAGAUGCACGCACCGAGCGCGCAGCCAGCGUACUCGCCUUGCGCUCCAACAGCCGACUUGGUGCUGACACUUUGGCUGUCGAGAGCUCGCCCGUCUCGCAGUCAGAGCCUGGCGUGUCGACCGACUUGAAUCUCGAAAAGAACCGCGCGCUGCUCGACCUUAUGGACCUUACGCCACGCAAAUCAGCGCAGCUCGUUUCUCGCUCCGAAUCCAGAGCAGAGAGUCGUGCAGGCAUUCGCGAUGGCGAUCUCACACGCGAUUCGGUGGCCGAAGCGGUGGUGCCCCUUUCGUUGUAUGAAGAGCAGAUGGCCGAAUUUGAACAGCUGCGUGCUCAAGUGGAACAGCUUGAAAAGCAGAAUGCUGAACUGCGUCGGGCGCAAGAAGCUCGAAAAGCGCGCAGAUCCGAGGUGCGCUCCAACGAGGCCAUCCUGGAGGCCGAACGAGCCAAGAUGCGAGCCGAAGCACGCGAGAGGCAAACCGAAAUGGAGGAAGAGCGACGUAUCGAACGCAACGACGAGAUUCGUCGACGUAAGGAGAUCGAGGAUCGCGAAAAGGAGCUCAAGGAAAAACUUUUCGAGACGCAGCAGCAGCUUGACAAGAGGGGCGAUGAUCACGAGCGGCAGCAAAAGGAAUUGGAAAGCCGCGCAAAGAGUCUUGAGCUCAAGCUGGAAGCCAGCGAGCAACUUGUCACAGAGAUGAAGGAUCGCAUUCAACAGCAAUCGGCGCUCGAACAACGCGGCGAAACAAAGGAAGCGCUCGAGACGCAACUCAAACUCAAGGAUGCCGAGAUCAACAGUCUCAAAGCGUCGCUCAAAAGCAUCGAGGACCAAGCUCAUACGGCUCGGGACGAUUUGAUGCGCCAAAUCGACGAGCUCAAGGAUGCGGGUCGUGAGACCAUCAGCCUGUACGAGCAGAGGAUCGAAGAGAUCGAAGUCGAGAGGAUCCAAGUGUUGGACAAUAUGCAGCUGCUGCAGGACAAGGCGCAGGAAGCUAUCCGAGCAGCCGAGGCGCGUGUCGAGGAAAUGCAGGCAGCCCACGCAUUGUCUCAGCGUGGAAAUCGCCUUGAAGCCGGCUCGGCUGCUGCGAUCGACAAUGAAGCGUUGCGCGAGCAAGUGGCUCACUUACAGGACAAGCUAGGCAAGUACGAAGACCAGAUCUCUGAGGGCGCACUCGCGCUUGAGAAGGAGAAGGAGUAUGCGCAAAAGAGGCGCGACAAGUCGCACGAGGUCGAGACCAGCCUGAAGAACGAGCUGAAGCGCAUGCGUGCCGAGCUGGAGCGCACGCAGAAAGCGGGCAAGGAGCAACACGUGCUUCUCGAGGAGACGCGCCAUGCUUUACAGGAAAGCCAGCAGGCGCUGGAGCGCGAACGUGCCGAGCUCGAGGGAUUGCGAGCAGAUGCCGAGAACUUCAAUGUGCUCAAAACAGGACAUGACAGCAGCUCUGCCUCGGCAGGACAAGCCGAGUGGGCUAGCGAAAGACGAGGACUGGAAGCCAAGCUGGAGCAAUAUCGGCAAGAGAGGGAUGCACAGCUGGAAGCCAAAGAGACCGAACUUUGUCAGCUGCGAUCAAGGCUGGAUGCCAACACAGUGGAGGAUAAGAAAGAUGCACAUCGGCUAUCUGGCGCCUCGAACGGCUCGUCAGCGAACCAAGUGUCGGGACUGAGCUAUCUUGUGCGUCAGCUAGGCGACGAGAAUGUCGACAUCAAGGCCAAGCAAAAGCUGCUGGAAGCGGAUCUCAAAGCACGCACUGAGCAAGCCGAGACCAAGGCGCGCGCUUUCGAGCUGAUGGUUGAGUCACUUGAAAAGCAACUUGAGGCGCAUCAAGGCGCUGCGCGAGCUGCAAACACAUGCGAACUGGCACACAUGCUGGCGGAUCGGGAAGCACGCCUGGAAAACAGCGAGAGCAAGCUGGCCGAUUUGCGAUCGAUGCUGGCGGCCAGUAAGAUGGAAAGACGCGACUCGACCGACUCGUUACAGAAGGAGGUUUUGCACCUCGAGACGCUGGUGGAAGCACGCAUCUUUCGAGAACAAGAGCUGAUGGCAGAAGUGGAGCGACUUUCGCGGCAACUGGAAGAGCGAGGCGACACGAAACCGACCAAAGAUGCAUCAGCCGAGAGGCCAGUAGACAGUGCAAAGUGGACAUUGGCCAUGGGAAUGCCAUUGCGACAGAGAGACGCGUCGGAGGAGGAAGAGGAACUCAAUUUCUGCGGGCUAUGCUCGAAGCGCGGCCACACGUUGGACCGGUGCGACAAGCUGAUGGAGCCAACCAACUCGGUGCUACCGAGCUCGAACGGCGCUUCCGGCUUGGAAGCGCAGGGAGAGUCAGAGCCGUGCGAUGACUGUGGCGAGGUGGGACAUCGAUUUGAGGACUGCCCGUACGCAGCCGAGAUUUUCUGA